GCGGCCGUGUUGGCAGUUGGUUCUCUGGGACUUGGGCUCUCUGGGGGUACCGACAGCCGGAGCGGAUGGCGCAGGGUUGGGCCGGUUUUUCUGAGGAGGAGCUGAGGAGACUAAAACAGGCUAAAGAUUCAUUUGAACCACAGCGGCGUCUCCCCGUGAAGAAAACUCGACAACAACUUCAGCGAGAAAAAGCCCUUCUAGAGCAAAGCCAAAAACUUGGGCUUCAAGAUGGAUCAAUUUCAUUACCUCCAGAGCAGCUGCUUUCUGCACCAAAACAGAGAUUUAACACUCAGAAACCACAUUCUUCUCCCACUGUUCUUCCUAGGACUCUUACACUCACUUCUCCUGUUGAUGAUGGAAAACCACAGAGUAUUGAAAGUGAACCAAGGGAACUGGGACUUGAGAAUUCCCAUGAUGGUCACAAAAAUGUUGAGGUUCUACCUCCAAAGCCAGAUUGCAAAUUGGAGAAAAAGAAAGUGGAAUUGCAAGAAAAAUCACGUUGGGAAGUCCUCCAACAAGAACAACGGCUGAUGGAAGAGAAAAAUAAACGUAAGAAAGCUCUUUUGGCUAAAGCUAUUGCAGAAAGAUCUAAAAGAACUCAGGCAGAGACCAUGAAACUAAAGCGGAUCCAGAAAGAGUUACAGGCUUUAGAUGACAUGGUGUCAGCUGACAUUGGAAUUCUCAGGAACCGGAUUGAUCAGGCCAGCUUAGACUAUUCAUAUGCUCGGAAGCGAUUUGACAGGGCUGAAGCAGAAUACAUUACAGCAAAGUUAGAUCUACAGCGCAAGACUGAGAUAAAAGAGCAGCUCACUGAACACCUUUGUACAAUCAUACAACAAAAUGAGCUUCGAAAGGCCAAGAAGUUGGAGGAGUUGAUGCAACAACUGGACGUACAAGCUGAUGAGGAGACUUUGGAGCUUGAGGUGGAAGUGGAAAGAUUGCUGCAGGAACAAGAAGCAGAAGCAGGGAAACAGAUGGUUCAUUUAGAAAGGCCAUUUCAGCCUGCUGGGGAGAGUGUGACAUUAGGAUUUGGUAAAGAGAGCAAAAAGCAUCAAGAACAAGCUACUUCCCCAAAGGUACAUGAACAGUGUGAAAAUUCCAAUAGCAUCCCCCUUCUUAGUCCAGACUGCCCAAAUAAACAAGUUAAUGACAUUUCAGCUGCUCUGGCCACAUGAAGUGCCACUGUUCUUUUCAACUAAUACUGUAUUCAGUAAAGUACUUUCUGCAGUAGAUUAUGCCCCAACCUCUGAUAAAAGUGUCUUUAAAACAGUUUUAAUUUUUGAAUUCAUGAUUAGUUUUAGUAGGUUAACAUUUUUAGCCAUUCUCAAGUCCCAAAUUAUGAUAAUUUUAUCUCUAGGUGCAUAUAUUUCACCUUGAAUUUGGUCUAGUUCCUUCAGUGUUUGUUUUACUCUUAUUAUUGGAUGAAAAGAGUGACUUAAAUGGAUGGAAGAAAUACUACAUUGUUAGAGUAUUUUUAGACCAGGUAAUACAGAAAAUAAAAUGUAAAGUAACACUCAAUAUCUAAUUGAAUUGAUUUAACUUCUCCUGGAAGAAGUGUUGAGAAUGGAAGUCCUAUUUUAUAAAAUCAAUAAAAAGACACAAAAAUUACUAUGAAAAAGAGAGAGACAGAGAGAAACAAAAGUAGCAGGUUGAAUUAUCAAUCUGAAUCUUAAUAUAGUUGUAAAACACUACUUGGAAAUUGCAGUUUAUGUAAAGAACCAGGCCAGCUGGUUAGCUCAGUUGAUUAGAGCAUGGUGUUACAACACCAAGGUCAAGGGUUCAGCUACCAGGCAACUUAAGUCAACAUUAUUUUUGUCUUCAAUUUGCCUUUCAGUGGGUUUGGUUUACAACCUGAGUUUUAGUUAAUUGAUGCAUACACAUGUAUGUAUACAUACUAUGUAUAUGUAAUUUUACUAUUAAUAUUUUUAA